AUGCCAGCCGCGCUUCCAGCGGCCAGUGGGGCUGGCGCACAGGGCUACACAGAGCUGAAUCCCUGCUCUGCCGUGUACAAGCUGUGUGGCUUAGAAGACAAGGCCAGGCAGGCAGGCGGCCGCAGCCACAGGUGGAAGUGGAGUGAAUGUGGAGGUGAGAAGAGGCAGGAGAGCUGGGAACACAGGACCAUCUCGCAAUGCCAAGGGGCCGGCCUGCCUGAGACCGCGGGGCCAGGACACGUCCUGGAGCCCUCGGGCAGCCGAUGGCCCCGUUUCUCCACCUCCUCGUAUCCGCACCCUUUGGCCUUCCGCUGUGACCCUGGCCUUAGCCCCGAGGCCAGCGCUGGUCAACGGGGUGUGAGUGUUAGUGACGCCACCCAAGCUCGGAAGCUGCGGUGCUAG